UAUUAUUACUAUUAUAAAUGAAUGAAUUAACGCGGUACAAAUAGAACGCAGCCCGCUGCUUUGCUGCAAGCGUAAACAAACGUAAAUGUCGUAAAACAAUAACAAAACUAUGUCGGUCGUGCGCAUGCGCGGACCGAUCGCGUAGCAACAGCAUCAACAGAAACGAACAGUUUGAUCAUUCAUCUGCGUAGUUAAUUCCUUCGUUUCUGCGUUUGUAUGGAUUCGUCUAUCGGAUAAAAAACUACACAUUCUUUCUUAUUUGGGUCGAUUCGUCUCAGUAAACUAAGCUAGCUUUUCAGGGCUAGCUUAGUUAGCUUAGCUUGUUAGCUUCACGUCAUCAAGUGUGAGCGUAAAGUGUUGAGAUUGUGUGAAAAUGUGCAAACUACAAACGCUGAGAGUGUUGGUGAAUCAGCGACUAAGUGCGGCGGCGGAAGAAAUCUUCGCGGCGAUAGAAAGAACGAUGGCAGAGUACCGGGAGGAACUGGAGAAGGAGCGACAAGGUCAACUACUGCACGCAGUUUUCAACACAAAUGACGUCUAUGAAGGACAUAUUCACCAGGGAGAGCCACAGCCCCCUGCAUUGAGGAGGAGGAGUCCCAGACCCCCCAAAUUAAAAAGGAAGCGGAUGAGGCGCAGCUGCCCGCAGGUUAAAGAGGAGGAGGAGGAACACCACGUCAGUCGAGGCGGACUUGACCAGGUCGAUGGCACCGAGAUGCCCUUGAUUGGUGUGAUGGUGAGGGGUGAAGAUGAUGAGGUCAAAAGUGAAAAUGAGGAGAAGGGAGACGUGGAACCUCCGAGGAGCAGCUCAACACAACACAUGACAGAAGAUGAUGGAGGAUCACCAGCAGACGAGAUCUUAGCUCCACUGUCAGAUGGUGAGGACACGACGUCACACUCUGCGGACACCGAGGAGGAAGACUCCAAGAGUGAGGUGACACGGCACACCGACAACACACACUUCCAGUGCUCUCACUGCGGCAAAACCUUUAAAUGCAGCCGCAAUCUGAAAAGACACGCCAUCACACACACCGGAGAAAAACCUUUCCCCUGUUCGAUCUGCGGUAACGGCUUUUCCCGAAAAGACAAGUUAAAGAGACACAUGGGGACGCACACCGGAGAAAAACCAUUUAUGUGCUCAGGUUGCGGCAAAAGAUUCUCCAGGAAGGAACAUUUGGAAACACACAUGAGGAUACACACCGGAGGCACGAAUUUUCCCUUGGCCCGGUGGCUCAGCGGGUAAAACGGAAGCUCGUGUAGUUCCCGGUUCGAUUCCAGCAUCUGCCAUCCUGGAUCACUUCACCCCAGUGCCACAACAACAUGUUAUAAGUGUAAAAAACAAAACAUGUAUUCUAUUUAACUUGCCAGGAAAUGUGUCAUAACAUCAUGUGGUCUAUUCUGUGCACACUUAGGAGCAAUAACAUCAUUUGGAUCCAUUUCAUUCAAGUUAGAAGAGGAUGCAUAUUUCUGCCCUUUUUUUUGGUACAAAAUUUGUUUCAUAAAACUCAAUAAUAUCAAUAAUAAUAAUAAUUAAAGCUGCAAGCAGCGUUGUUCGGGCCCGCGUAUUUGGCAGGUGCUAGUCCUAAGUGUCCCAAUACUUUUGUCUACUUGUAGUCUGAAGUGUCCCAAGACUUUUGUCUAGUGUACCUACCUUGUCUGCAUUGUGUGGGCACGUUGGUGCUUCCUGCUUUUAAGCAGCCAUCUUGAAAAAACAGCAUUUCAGCAGCAUCAGCGCAGCGGCUCUUUGAAGGGUCAUAAAAUCAAAACCGGAGCAGGUAUUAAAAAUCCCAUCUAUACUUUUAAUCACAAGGGUUUUAUCUCUCACCUGUGUUAGUUUGAAGGCGAAACGACAAACGCUGUCAGAGGAGAUAGAUUUUG